UUUCCAGGCUGUAUGUUGUGUUUUGGCCAGUUGGCCUACUUUCGCUUCAACCACCCGGAAGAAGCCCUCAGGAUGAAGAGCAUGGUGCCUCAGGGAGGAGGUCUCUCCGCCGGGGACUACAGACUCAGUCCAGGCACAGAGAGCUUUGUCAAUGGGAAUCACCAGGCCAGUCCAGUCCAGUCUCCCCAAACUCAUGGAGAAAGAGUCCACUCUGAGCACACUGCAAUCGUAAGCUCUAUUGAGAAAGACCUCCAGGACAUCAUGGACUCUCUAGUCAUGGAUGAUCCACAGCCUUCUUCCUCGGAUGGCCAAAAGCCUUCUGGAGGCCAACCCAUUCCCCAUUCCCCCCUGUCCCCAAUGCUCAAUGGAGGUGGCAGGUAUCUACUGUCCCCUCCUACCAGCCCAGGGGCUAUGUCCGUUGGAUCCAGCUAUGAGAAUACAUCCCCUCCCUUCUCCCCCCUCUCCUCCCCGUCUGCAGCCAGCAGUGGGAGCUUUACUAGCCCAUCUCCUAUUGGAGGACCCCAGGACCAGAGUUAUUCUCUUCCGCCAGUGCCUGUACGCUCCUCAAGCUACAACUUCUCCACCAAUCCCAUCGCCGGCUGGGGUGCGCCUGUCCCCCUGCCACGGACUAUACUGCCUAACUUCAGCAGCGGUGGGGUGUGCCAGAAGGUUCAGGAAAGCCCCAGACUGCAGAGGAAGGUCUUAUCAGAGGCCCCUCCAAGUCCUAAGCCAAGCCGCAGAGGACCUGGCCCUGAUGGGUCUGAGAGCCCCCGACAGAUUAUGUUCUCCUCUUGUGAAUCCCUCAGUAGUAGACACAUAGUGCCAAGCAGCCCAAGACUCACUACCAAAUUCUCUAACUGUCCAUCGCAAUCUCCUUCCAGUCCCAGGACCAAGUCAACCACAGUGCUCCAGGAAAGACCUGCCAGUCCUUUCAGAGAACAGACCAGUCUAGCUGAUUUCCCCCUGACCCCCAGCUCCUCCAGGCAGCUUUCCCAACCCAACAGAGCCUUCCAGCCUCCUCUGGACCCCAUCGUCCACAUCAUCCAAGGAUCGCCGCUCCAGCAGCAUCCGCGUUCGCUGCAGCCCCCUGAAAGCCCUCGCAUGGCCAGGAGGAACAUGGAGCUGAACGGUGGCAGUGGAGGGAGCUGCAGUAUGAGGGAGCUGCCUCCUCUUAGCCCCUCCAUGGCUCGACGAGGGGUCCCAGUACUACCAGGGGCUCUCCCAGGGACGAUACCAAUCUUAAGAACUCCAGAAAGCCCCUCAAGUCUGGGCAAGCUCAUCCCGGUGAGUCCCAGGCUCCGACGCAGAACUGGAUCUACGUCCGAGGAGCCAACUGGCAGCAGCAAGGGGGUCAGAGCCCGCAGUCCGUCGCCUACCUCCAUGAUGAUGGAGGGCGGUGGGGGUUCGGGAGGACGGAAGGCGAGCUUUGGGAAUUCCCUGUCACCUGCUUACAGUUUGGGCUCCCUACCAGGAUCUUCCCCUGUUUCCAGCCCCAGGACCCAUAGGAAGAUGUCCUCAGGGAGACCCCACCCUGGAAUGAGGGAGAGGAAGAACAGCAUCACAGAGAUCAGCGACAACGAGGACGAGCUGCUGGAGUACCACCGUCGACAGAGGGAGGAGAGGCUACGAGAGCAGGAGAUGGAGAAACUGGUGAGUCAGGAACACAUGUCACCAGGACAAGACU